AUGGCACGUGACUCUCUGCUUCCCGAAGCAGACUGCGACGUCCUGUUUUGCGUGUCUUCCACAUCGUAUGGUAGUUCCUUCAAUCAUCCAGUCCUGCCACUGCCGAAAAGUCAUCUGCAAGCUUUCCCGUCCCGUCUCCUGUACAAUAAUCUUCAUGAAGAGCAGAGGGGCAGCAGAGCGGCAACUGUCGGCAACGUAAGCGAGCUGAGCGCGCCGCGCUCGCGCUCCUCCUCCUCCGCACAACCCGACUCCUCCCGACUCCCGCUCUAAUCGCACAGACGCCGCCGCCAGCAACCCCGAACAAUCGCCGAAGCUCAGCGGCAACGACGUCGCGCAAAAUGGAUCGUCAAGUCGAUCUGCACAGGCAGCAGGCAGUCUCAAUGUCGCCCGGCAAGUGCGACGGGCCCGCAAUCCUUCACCUGCGGGCUUGAGAUUCGUUCGUCCACGCUUUGA